GGCGAUCGAUUUUCACGGCGAGAAAUGUCGUCGGCGCUAGGCUCUGCUUUACUCACCAUCUUCACGAUCUUCUUCUCGUAUUCGAGCUUGUCUGAUGGAUUACUACAACCUCGUAGGAUUUCUCAUGGCUUGUCCAAAAGUAGCAAGUACUUGACAAGGGAUGAGCUCUGGUUCAAUCAAACCCUAGAUCACUACUCUCCUUCUGAUCAUCGCAAAUUCAGGCAGCGUUACUAUGAAUAUCUUGACCAGUUACGAGUUUCAGACGGACCUAUCUUUAUGAUGAUCUGCGGUGAAGGACCUUGCAGUGGAAUCCCCAAUAACUAUAUAAGUGUGUUAGCAAAGAAGUUUGAUGCAGGCAUUGUUUCACUUGAGCAUCGUUACUAUGGAAAGAGCUCACCGUUUAAGUCGUUAGCCACUCAGAAUCUCAAGUAUCUUUCAUCUAAACAGGCCCUUUUCGAUUUAGCUGCUUUCCGCCAAUAUUACCAGGAUUAUUUGAAUGUUAAGUUUAAUAGAAGCAGCAAUGUUGAGAAUCCAUGGUUUUUCUUUGGAGUGUCUUAUUCUGGAGCUUUAAGUGCUUGGUUCCGGCUUAAGUUCCCUCAUUUGACCUGUGGAAGCCUCGCUAGUUCCGCAGUUGUCCGUGCUGUCUACGAAUUUCCCGAAUUUGAUCAACAGAUAGGUGAGUCGGCUGGACCCGAAUGUAAAGCUGCACUACAAGAGACUAAUAAACUCUUGGAACUAGGGCUUAAAGUGAAUAACAGGGCUGUGAAAGCUCUCUUCAAUGCCACCGAGCUUGAUGUUGAUGCUGAUUUCUUAUACUUAAUAGCGGAUGCUGAAGUUAUGGCGAUCCAAUACGGAAACCCGGAUAAACUAUGUGUACCACUCGUGGAAGCUCAAAAGAAUGGUGGUGACUUAGUGGAAGCAUAUGCUAAAUAUGUUAGAGAUUUUUGCAUGGGAGUUUUCGGGCUAAGCUCUAAAUCAUAUAGCCGGAAACAUCUACUAGACACUGUGGGCACCCCAGAGAGUGCAGAUAGGCUUUGGUGGUUCCAAGUUUGCACUGAAGUGGCAUAUUUCCAGGUGGCACCUGCAAACGAUAGCAUCCGGUCUCAUCAGAUCAAUACAGAGUAUCAUUUGGAUCUAUGCAAGAGGCUGUUUGGGAAAGGUGUCUACCCUGAAGUCGAUGCAACAAACCUGUACUAUGGAGGUGAUAAAAUUGCUGCGACCAAGAUCAUCUUCACAAAUGGGUCACAGGAUCCAUGGCGUCAUGCAUCCAAACAGACCUCAUCUCCUGAACUGCCUUCUUACAUCGUGACUUGUCACAACUGUGGCCAUGGAAGUGAUCUUCGAGGAUGCCCCCAAUCUGCAAUGGUCAUUGAAGGUGAUUCCGAGAAUUGCAGUUCACCAGAUGCAGUGAACAAAGUGAGGCAACAUAUAGUAGAGCACAUCGACUUGUGGCUCUCUGAGUGUCGUGGAGAGAUUAGGAUUUCUCAUGGAUUGUCCGAAAGUAGCAAGUACUUGACGAGGGAUGAGCUCUGGUUCAAUCAAACCCUAGAUCACUACUCUCCUUCUGAUCAUCGCAAAUUCAGACAGCGAUACUAUGAAUAUCUUGACCAUUUACGAGUUCCUGACGGACCUAUCUUUAUGAUGCUCUGUGGCGAAGGACCUUGCAAUGGAAUCCCCAAUGACUAUAUAACUGUGUUAGCAAAGAAGUUUGAUGCAGGCAUUGUUUCACUCGAGCAUCGUUACUACGGAAAGAGCUCACCGUUUAAGUCAUUAGCCACUGAGAAUCUCAAGUAUCUUUCAUCUAAACAGGCUCUUUUCGAUUUAGCUGCUUUCCGCCAAUAUUACCAGGACUCUUUGAAUGUUAAGUUUAAUAGAAGUGGCAAUGUUGAGAAUCCAUGGUUUUUCUUUGGAGCGUCUUAUUCUGGAGCUUUAAGUGCUUGGUUCCGGCUUAAGUUCCCUCAUUUGACCUGCGGAAGCCUCGCUAGUUCCGCAGUUGUUCGUGCUGUCUACGAAUUCCCUGAAUUUGAUCAACAGAUAGGUGAGUCGGCUGGACCAGAAUGCAAAGCUGCUUUACAAGAGACUAAUAAACUCUUGGAACUAGGGCUUAAAGUGAAUAACAAGGCUGUGAAAGCUCUCUUCAAUGCCACCGAGCUUGACGUUGAUGCUGAUUUUUUGUACUUGAUAGCAGAUGCAGAAGUUAUGGCGAUCCAAUAUGGAAACCCAGAUAAACUAUGUGUACCACUCGUGGAAGCUCAUAAGAAUGGUGGUGAUUUAGUGGAAGCAUAUGCUAAAUAUGUUAGAGAGUUUUGUGUGGGAGUCUUCGGGCUGAGCUCUAAAACAUAUAGCCGGAAACAUCUGCUAGACACUGCGGUAACCCCAGAGAGUGCAGAUAGGCUUUGGUGGUUCCAAGUUUGCACUGAAGUGGCGUAUUUCCAAGUGGCACCUGCAAACGAUAGCAUCCGGUCUCAUCAAAUCAAUACAGAGUAUCAUUUGGAUCUAUGCAAGAGUCUGUUUGGGAAAGGUGUUUACCCUGAAGUCGAUGCAACAAACCUGUACUAUGGGAGUGAUAGAAUUGCUGCGACCAAGAUUAUCUUCACAAAUGGGUCACAGGAUCCAUGGCGUCACGCAUCCAAACAGACCUCAUCUCCUGAACUGCCUUCUUAUAUUGUGACUUGUCACAACUGUGGCCAUGGAAGUGAUCUCCGUGGAUGCCCUCAAUCUCCCAUGGUCAUUGAAGGUGAUUCCAAGAAUUGCAGUUCACCAGAUGCAGUGAACAAAGUGAGGCAACAUAUAGUAGAACACAUGGACUUGUGGCUCUCCGAGUGUCGUGGAGGGAUUAGGACUACGUCGAAUUUGACGCCGACGCAGAGAUAUGCGGCCGGCGCAUUGUUCGCGAUCGCGCUCAACCAAGCGCAAAUCAACCAAACUCAGCCGCUGGGAAUCCCGGCGGCGGAAGACGACGACGGAGGCGAUGAAGAGAGAAGAAGCAAUUGCAGUAGCGGAGAUUCUGUCUCCGAUGACCCCAGCCUUUGGGUACACGAGACGUCUGGCCUUCUUCGACCCGUUUUCAGAUGUCUUGAGAUUGAUUCACCGGCUUGGCUUGGUCUCGAGCAAACAGCUUGCUCUUCUCCGGCUAAGCACCACAUCGGAGCGUUCACGAGGUUACUCUCAGAAGAGGCGAGUGAUGCUUCUGUUGAGAUGGUGGAGCAAGAGAUGGCCUUAGCUAAAGCUGCUGAUGCUAUGGUGCAUAGUAUCCAAAGCUCUGUAUCUAGAGAUGCUAAGAAGGAGAAGCAUCAGGAAUAUGAAAACGAAUGCCGUGAGAAAUAUGCGGUUCCUGAGGUAAAAUCAAAAGAUGUGGAUUUGGAUAAAGAGAAGGAUAAGAAGGAGGCGGCUGAUAGUGCUGAGACAGAGAGUCUUGAAGCGGGUGUAGUUAUUAUAGAUGGAAGCCACAAGCCUGAAGUUCUUGAAAAUGAGAAAUCUGUUGAGGAAGUAACAUUGCUUAGCCAUCAGAGGAAGAUAAAUGUUCUUUAUGAGCUACUUUCUGCUUGCUUGUCAGAUAAACAUCAAGAGGAUAAGAAAUGUAAACGGCGUAGAAAAGGCUAUGAUGCGCGUCACCGUGUUGCUCUCCGUUUACUUGCGACCUGGUUUAAUAUUGAGUGGAUUAAAGUGGAAGCAAUUGAGACAAUGGUUGCAUGCUCUGCCAUGGCUAUUCAGAAGUCUGCUGAAAUGAAGGGUGAAGAUGCUCUGUCUCCUACAACUUCAUGGGCUAAGUGGAAGCGUGGAGGCAUCAUUGGUGCCGCUGCUAUUACAGGGGGCACUUUGAUGGCCAUCACUGGUGGAUUGGCUGCUCCAGCUAUUGCUGCAGGGUUUGGUGCAUUGGCACCAACACUGGGCACACUUAUACCGGUGAUUGGAGCUGGUGGGUUUGCUGCUGCGGCUAGUGCCGCUGGAACUGUUGCUGGCUCCGUUGCGGUUGCAGCAUCGUUUGGAGCUGCUGGAGCUGGUCUCACAGGGACUAAGAUGGCAAGGAGAAUUGGGGACCUUGAUGAGUUCGAAUUUAAAGCUAUUGGCGAAAAUCAUAAUCAAGGACGGUUAGCAGUGGAAGUCUUGGUUGUUGGUGUUGUUUUUGAAGAAGAAGAUUUUGUGAAACCAUGGGAAGGGUUAACUAGUAAUCUGGAGAGGUACACGCUGCAAUGGGAGUCCAAGAAUCUUAUCUUAGUGAGCACAGCAAUUCAGGAUUGGCUUACUUCAAGACUUGCCAUGGAAUUGAUGAAACAGGGAGCAAUGCACACUGUGUUGGCCUCUCUUUUAAUGGCAUUGGCAUGGCCAGCGACUAUCUUAGUAGCUGCUGAUUUCAUAGAUAGCAAAUGGAGUAUUGCUAUCGAUAGGUCGGACAAAGCAGGAAGACUUCUAGCUGAAGUGCUACAAAAAGGCUUGCAAGGAAAUAGACCCAUCACUCUAGUGGGUUUUUCGCUUGGUGCUCGUGUCAUCUUCAAAUGCCUCCAAGCUCUGGCCGAGACAGAACAAAACGCUGAACUUGUGGAAAGAGUUGUUCUUCUUGGAGCACCCAUUUCAAUCAAUAAUGAAAACUGGCGAGACGUAAGGAAGAUGGUAGCUGGAAGAUUCAUCAAUGUUUAUGCCACAAAUGAUUGGACCCUUGGUAUCGCAUUUCGGGCUAGUUUAUUCUCCCAAGGAUUAGCGGGAAUCCAACCAAUUCGUAUCCCUGGGAUCGAAAAUGUGGAUGUAACCGAUAUGGUGGAAGGUCACUCUUCAUAUCUAUGGAAAACUCAGCAGAUUCUAGAAAGACUCGAAAUCGACACUUAUUACCCUGUUUUUAGAGACACACUCUAACGCAAAUCAAAUUAGAUACGUAUAGAGAACCAAACUUUUUCACAUGUUUGAAUUGUAGACACAAAUAAAAGUCGUUAUACUUA